UCAAAUCCACUUCGUCCUUUUUUCUCCAUCUCCCUACAGGAAGUAUCCAUUGCAAAAGAGAAUUCGUGAUUAAUGAUUCUUCAUCUCCCUAUAGAAAGUAUCAUUGCAAAAGAGAAUUCGUGAUAUCAAUGAACCAUAACGUGCCCAAGGUGAUCUUUAUACUUUGAAUCAGUGAAUAUUGUACACAAGAGCCGUCUCAAUCCCAUACAUGAAAAGGUAAAGCUUUCAGUUUAUUUUUCCACUUGCAAGCUUUUCCAUGAUUGAUGAAUCAUAAUGAAUCCCCGUCCCCGGUGAUCUUUUUCUUUUGUAUAAUACUUUUCAUGUUGGCUUUAGAAAUUUGAUUACAAGUUUCUUAAACUUAUGGCUUCUCAUUCUCGUUCGUUCAGUUCCGAUAUUUAACCAUUUUUCUUAAUUGUGUUUUUACUUGCAAACUUGUCGAUAGUUUGACUUUGAAUCCAUGUGCGAAAAGUUAUUUUCUUCUUCUUGUUCGGCUGAAUACUGAAAAAAAAUUAUAUGUUCCAGUUUUAGUCUUGAUUUAACCCAUUUGUUUGCUUGGUUUUAACUUUGCUGUAAGUUCUGAUAAUAACAUUUUCAAAUAAUGGAGGACAAAACCAACUCCAAACUCGCAAACAAGAGGCAUGUUGAAGAUGGUGGUGAGGCUGCUGUUGGUCGUUUUUAUAAAUUUCCAAAGAAUGAAUCCGAAGCGGAAGAAAUAUCAAAUAAGGUAGAUGAGGAGGGCUACGUAUAUAUGGAAGCUAAAUGAGAGCAUUAAGAGAAGUGUCUAUGGAUCUUUCAGAUUUAUAUGCUUUUGGAAUAACAUGUCCAUCCACUUAUAGUUACGGAUAGUUAUACACAUACAUGUAAAUAUUCGUCGGUGGCUAGUAUCACAUACAUCUGCUCAAGAAACAUCACCAGAAACCCCAAUCCCCAGCAAUCAAACUGGUCCAUGAAAACCAAGCGUGCCCACUUACAGGAUCGAUCAAAUAAAGUGAAAUCAAGUCACUUUAAUUCACUCUCCAACUAAUCCAUAAAUUAGGUUGUCUUCUACAAAUAGCUAGAUACAUUACAGAAACUCUGAUAACACAUUCCAACAAACACUUUUCUUAAGCUUCGAUCUCCAUUUGCUAUUACAUCAAUCAUAUACCCAAUUCUGGCCGUCAUGGCAAAAACACUCCCCCAGCAUGUCAUCAUCCAAUCGAGCGACAACAAUAGGUACGCGCGCUUCGACAGUGAGAAUCAAUUAUUACCUAAUGCCCUCCGGUUUGAGGGAGAGUAUAGUUUCGGGAUCGAAACAAGAUUCGAAGUAGUCCCUGCUACCACCACUGCAACUGGAUUCGUCCAUAUCCGGUGUUUGCAGAACAACAAGUACUGGUCAAAUUCCGGUUAUUGGGUCACUGCUACGGCCGAAAAACCUGAAGAGGAUAUGUCCGACCAACACUGCACGCUCUUCCAGCCUGUUUUCUUGGAAGUCAACAACAACAACCACCAUAUCGCUAAGCUCCGGCAUGCAAAUACAGGCGAGUUCGUUAGGAGGCAUAAUGAUGCAAAUGAUUAUAACGGUUGCUUGACUUUACGGCCUGAACUGCAACCAGACGAGGACAACACUGAUGUGUGCACCUUCAUCGACUGGGAAUCUGUCGUCAUGUUGCCCGACGUUAUCCGGAUCAAGGGUGACAAUGGAAACCACUUGAGGGCCUACGCAGGUGGGUUUAUGGACUUCCAAAGCAAAGCCGAUAAUUCCUCAAUGUAUGACUAUGAGGUGUCUCCAACACGUGACGGAGGGAUACGCCUGAAGAAUACUCAUUUUGGAACCUACUGGACGGAUAUGGAUCCUGUUUGUUUUGUACGGUUAAAGAAGGCUGACCCCGAAGACCAUGAUACAAAGACCAUCUUUUUACCCGUCAUAGUGGAUGGCAACCGCAUCCUCAUACGAAGUUUCAAGAACGGGAAUUUUUGUAAGAGAUACGAUGCAAGCUACUGGAAGAAGGGUUAUUCUAAGAAGACCUGCCUCUCCACAAUCUAUAAGCAUCUUGAGGAGCCGUGUCACAUGGAGAUUGAGGAGCCUGUUUUGGCAAGGACGAUCUCUAAUGUCAGAUAUCAACUUACUAGUGCAAGGGUUUACAACGAGAGAACUCUCGCACUUAUUUCCGACGAUUCAAGAAACAGAACUCAACAUCCCCAGACGUCAGAAAUGAAUCUUAAGACGAAAGUUACCAAUACAACGAAUUGGAGUACCAGUGUGUCGACCAAACAAGUUGUCAAGGUGACUGGUACCUAUGGUGUUCCAAAGAUAAACUCUGGUUCCUUUGAGAUUUCCAGUGAGUCUACACAAUCUUUGAAUCUGGGAAAAACGGAUACAGAAUGCAUUGAAGUUGGGUGCGUGCGAACUGUCACUGUACCACCGAUGAGUAGAGUGAAGACGAGUCUAAUGGCGACACGGUGUUCGUAUGACAUACCCUUCUCGUACACUCAGCGUGACGUUCUGAUGAACGGGAAUACAACAGUUUGUACAAAGAACGAUGGCCUUUUUAAGGGCGAGAGUGGGUACAACCAUAACUACGAGAUGGUUGAGCUUCCUCUCUAGUUCUAGUAGAGCUCGCUUGGUUGAUGGUAACUAAUGUGUGGAUUUACCUAAUUGCAAGCACCUCAAUUUGCACUCAAUGACUUUAAUUUGCUUGUUUGUUUUUUCUGUUGAAAACCCAAUGUCCCUUGUUUUGUUUGUUUAUAAUUUUGCAACUUCUAUCUUGAAAUAAAGUAGUUAUCUUGUUCAACU